CGGAUUCUCCAGCCACGUUAGCUAUGACAUGGUCGCGAGACCUAGCUGGGCGGUUUAGUUACCGGCAAGCCUGCAAUGGCGGAGUGGAGGAGGAGCCGCCGAUUUUGAUCCAUCCGUCGCCCUCGUAGCUCUCUCUUGAUCGCGAUCGAAGGCCGAUCGAAAUAUUUUGGAGCCAGACCUAGGGCAGGAGCGAGAGCCCGGCGCUGAUUUGGGGGAGCGACAAUGUUUAGGAAUGCAUUCCAAUCCGGCUUCCUCUCCAUCCUCUACAGCAUUGGGAGAAAGCCUCUCAACAUAUGGAACGAAGAAGUGACGAAUGGCUACAUCAAGAGAUUGACUGACGAGGACAUCCAGUCGAGUGUUUUGGAGAUUCGCGGAACGAACGUGAGCACGAAUUUCAUCACUUGCCCCAAGGAACCAAAGACCACGCUCGGCAUCAAGCUGCCCUUCCUGGUGAUGAUCAUCAAGAACCUGCGCAAGUACUUCACGUUUGAGGUCCAAGUCCUCGACGACAAGAACGUCAAGCGCCGGUUCAAAGCCUCCAACUUUGAGUCGACAACACGCGUGAAGCCUUUCAUCUGUACCAUGCCGAUGAGGCUUGACGAGGGAUGGAACCAGAUCCAGUUCAACCUCUCCGACUUCACGAGGCGCGCUUACGGCACGAACUACGUCGAGACGCUGUGCGUCCAAGUUCACGCCAAUUGCCGCAUCCGGAGGAUCUACUUCUCCGAUCGCCUUUACUCCGAGGAGGAGCUGCCUGCUGAAUACAAGCUCUUCUUGCCAAUCCAGGUAACUUGCUUGAUAUUGUUUCGUUUCCUCUGCUCUGAUCACCAAUCGGUUAGAAAACGUGACUGACCCGAGGAGAAAAGAACCUGCUGUCAUCAAGUUUGCAAUUUUGUUUGUCAUUCUUUGAUUUGAUUUGAUUCCACGCUUCUCAAUCUUCUCAAUCUAUACCCGUCUGAUCACACACAUCUACGUUGACGCUCGUUUCAAGGUUUUUGGACGAGCUGCUGCUCUACAUGUUAAUCUCGUGGCAUUUGACAGCACCUCACUUUGUGAGAUAGCAAAGCAUACAUGUACUAAUUAUUGUAUCUGUUCUGGGCAGAAUAGAGAGUAAAGGACUAAAGUA